AUGGCCAGCGCAGUAGAGAUGACCGAAAUGCAUGAUGUGCAUCUGGCGCCAAAGCCAGGUACGCAGGCCGAUGCCCAAGACAUGCGCCGAAUGGGCAAGCUACAGGAAUUGAACCGUCUUUACACUUGCAUGACACUCGUUGGAUAUGCGGUGAUUGUGGGUUUGGCAUGGCCGUUUGCUCUUGUCACCGGAGCACUUGCUUUGACGAAUGGAGGCGCCGCCGGUGCGGUGUGGGUAUUCCUGGCCGUAGCUGUUGGCAUGUUCUCAGUCGUACUUUCCAUGGCCGAAAUGGCGUCCAUUGAGCCGACCGCUGGUGGUCAGUACCACUGGGUAUCUGUGUUCGUGCCUAAGAAACACCAAAAGAUAGUCAGCUACGUCGUCGGCUGGAUGUGUGCCCUCGGAUGGCAGAGUUAUGUGCCCGGCGCCGCCAACAUCUGCGCUUCAUCGCUUCAAGCCCUUGCCGUCGUAGCUUCCGAUUCAUAUGUCCCCCAGGCAUGGCACCUCGUCCUCCUUACCAUAGUGUUCUGUUCGUUCGCCAUACUCUUCAACGUCUUUCUCGCAAGAAAGCUGCCGGGCAUCGAAGCUGGAGUCUUCACGCUCUAUGUCCUGGGAUUCAUUGCAUUCUUCAUCAUCCUCCUGGCUAUGGGCGACCGGUCCAGUCCAAACGAGAUUUUCACUCAUUUCCAGGAUAAUGCUGGCUGGAACAGCAUCGGCACCGCCUGUUUCGUAGGCGUGAGCGGACCGGUCAUCACAAUGAUCGGAGCGGACUCUGCGGUCCAUCUAGCAGAGGAACUAAAGGAUGCAUCGAGAUCGCUUCCCAAGGCUAUGAUAACCACCGCACUCGUUAACUACGCUCUUGGAUUCGCCAUGUUGGUCGCCUUCAUCUCGGUCGUUGGAAACAUUGAUGAGGUUCUCGAGAGUACGACUGGACAGGCGUGGGUGCAGGUCAUCUGGAACGCCACCCAGUCCCGGACCGCAACGAUUGUCAUGGUGGCCAUUAUCAUCUUCUUCUACAUCUUCUGCGCCGUCAACGUGAACACGACUUCAUCGCGCCAGCUUUACGCAUUCGCGCGUGACGGAGGCUUGCCCUUCUCCAACUGGAUUCGCCAUGUGUCCCCCAAUAGGAACGUCCCCACUAAUGCGAUCAUCCUCACCUGGCUCAUCGGCUGCGGUCUGGCCGUAAUUCCGCUCGGCUCAAGCACCGCCUUCCUCAACAUCCAGACAAUCGGCAACGCCGGGCUCCUCUCCUCAUACAUCAUCUGUAUCGGGUGCAGAAUCCACAACCGCAACUUUGGUAGCGUUUACGGCAGCCUGUCAAAACCACCGCCUUUCUUCCUCGGCAAGACACGCGGAAACGUCAUCAAUGGGCUAGCUAUCUGCUUCCUCAUCGUCUUCCUGGUCUCGGGUGCCUUCCCGGUGGCCCCGAACCCGACGCCUGAUGCCAUGAACUGGAGCUCUUUGGCGUUGGUGCUUACUAUAAUUGUUGCAUUGAUCGCGUACGUUCCGCUUAGGAAGUCGUACCUCGGGCCGAAUGAGGGAGGCUUUGGCCCGGUCGAAACUGUGAACGUGCAGAUGGAGAGCAAGAGCUUUGAUCGUCCCUGA